AUGGAAAAGUAUAGCCAGUUCCGGGAUCGAGCGACGGGCAUCUCGCCGUUCCUCCCGGUAGCCACGCCUCUAUCUGUCGUCUCGUUGGCAACGCACGCCGUACUCUUUACAUUUCGACUCCCCUUCUUCAUCGCCUAUGCCGUCAGCUACUUCGUGCUCUUCCACCACCUGCCGCUGCCCGUUGUCGCGCGCAAGAUGGCACUAUGGGGUCUGAUGGCCAUCCCGGGCAUCUGGUGGGUAGAUUUGCAGCUGGACGGUGUCAAACGAGGAACCCUAUCGGGCCAACCUCUGCAUCGUUUUCCUCACCCAGGCUCCAUCAUUGCCGCCAACUUUACCAGCCCCAUCGAUGCCGUGUAUCUCGCCGCCAUCUUCGAUCCCAUCUUUACCGUAUCAUACCCCGGGGAGAGACGAGUGCAGCAUGUCAGCUUGUUUGGCGCAAUCAUGCAAGCGCUUAGUCCGGUCAAAGUGACACCUCCCUCGAAUGUGAAACUGGUCCACAUCGAGGACUUGUUGAAAGCCUAUCCCGACCGCGUGAUUGCUGUGUUCCCAGAAUGCGGCACUAGCAAUGGCAAGGCUAUUCUGCCGUUCAGCCCCUCCUUGGUCGAUGCCCCUUCUGAUGUCGCCAUUUUCCCCGUCAGCCUACGAUAUACCCCCCCAGAUGUCACAACUCCCCUGCCUGGACUGUGGCUCGGAUUCCUGUGGAACCUGCUUUCGCGACCUACAAUUUGUAUUCGGGUCCGCAUUGCGGAGAGCCAAAUGAACACUGCUGCUCCUACGCACAGCAAUGCCAAUGCCUCCAACGGUACCAGUGAGCUGCGGUACAGAAAAGAUGGCUCUCCAGACAUAUCAGCAGAGGAGCAAAGGGUCCUCGAUCGUGUCGGAGAAGCCCUUGCCAGACUGAGCAGAGUCAAGCGUGUCGGCUUGACCAUGAAGGACAAGGAUGCUUUUGUUACGGUCUACAACAGCAAAAAGAAGUCAUGA